AUGAACCAAAAAUUUACUUUUGUAUUUAUUUUAUUAUUUGCGCUCUCCGUUACCAAUGCUAUCUCUCUCAAGAAAAGAAUCUCUGGCUGUUUUAAGGUCCCUAUUUUCAAUGCAACAAUUUCACCUAACCCACCAGUUCCUGGACAAAUUGCUACCAUUAACGUUUCUGGAACUUUAAAACAGGAUAUUAAGGAGAACGGAAUACUUAUUAUUGAAUUUAAAUAUGCUGGCUGUAUUCCCCUAGGUGUUUACCCAAAAAUUUCUAUUCAUCAAACUAAGGCUGGCAAUCCCUUUAAUGUAACAACCAAAGUUACGGUACCACCAAAUUUUGGAUCAGGAAAUUCAAAAGCCUACUUUAUUACUGCUUAUAUUGAGAAUGAUUAUGUACCAAUAGGUUGUGUAAUUAUUUAA